AUUGUGAGUUCAAGAACGCAAGGCACUGACGACUAUUAUGAAAGUUGCACCAGAUCUAAUAUGUUGCAUGUCUUAGCCAUUUAAUUGUAAUGGACAUAGUUUAAAAGUGAUAAUUAUUUUGCUGCGAGGCAUUUCAAGUCGUUUAGGAAACGGGAUUUUCCGUGACAUCUAAGUUAAAGAGAUCUUAGGACAUUCCUCAGACAGUGGUCUAAAAUCCUUAUCGUCGUCAGCCACGAACGCGUCACCCUCAAGCCAUGCGUCCUUCAGUGACGCUAAAUAUUCCAAAGUCGUUCGCUUGCGAUUGACAUCAGGGAGUACAGGAAAGGUCACAUGACUUCGGAUAUACAAAACUUCCUGUGACAAACAUAAUAUUGCAAACUGGCAAUUUGUUACGAUUCUCCCCCGUCUCGCUCAUUCAUUUAUAUCUAAACGGUUUGUUUUUGGAUUCUUUAUUGAGAAGUUGAAUAUCAUGUUUUGGGAUGGUCAGCGACCAUAAAUUACCCUCACAUGCUAGUGUCAGGGUCAUGAUAGAUUCGAGUCCUGUGCUUAAGAGUUUCCUGGCAGGAUCUUUCAGUGGAACAUGCUCAGUGUUGUUGUUCCAACCUCUGGAUUUAAUCAAGACUCGGUUACAGUCUUCAGUAGUGAAAGGACAGCACCCUGUGGCUAUAUGGACAAUUGUUUCAUCCGUCUUCCAUCAAGACAAUAUCAGGGGUUUCUGGAGGGGGCUAACACCAUCCAUCCUACGCUGUGUACCAGGGGUUGGAGUUUAUUUUUCCUCUCUUCAUUGGCUUAGGACAAACUUUGGGAGCAGCAACCCUUCAUCCAUUGAACUCCUUUCAUUUGGAGUUUUUGCCAGGUGUAUUGCAGGUGUCACCUUGUCUCCUUUCACAGUUAUAAAAACAAGAUAUGAGAGCGAUGUAUACAAGUAUAACAGUAUAACCUCUGCUGCACGUGCAAUAUAUCAAGGUGAAGGGAUAAGAGGUCUAUACUGUGGCUUAAGUGCAACCUUACUCCGUGAUGCUCCUUUCUCAGGACUUUACUUAUGGUUUUAUACCAGGAUUAAGGCUCAUGUGCCUGAAGGUGCUGUGCAAGAGAAGCAUAUGCCACUGGUGUAUUUUGGCAGCGGAAUUGUAGCUGGAAGUAUGGCUUCACUGGUGACUCAGCCUUUUGAUGUUGUUAAAACACAUCUGCAGUUGUAUCCAGAAAAAUUCAAAGGAUACAUUGUUAUUAUAAAGCACAUAUACCAGCACCAUGGAUUGGUUGGUUUUGUCAGAGGUAUUGUCCCACGAACGCUAAGGAGAACUUUAAUGGCAGCUAUGGCUUGGACAGUAUAUGAGCAAGUAAUGAAGAAAACUGGCUUGAAGGAUUGACAAAAUGUGCUCAUUUGUAAAAUGAAAACAAAGUCACAGUACUUUUCUGAUCAUUUAUCAAGAAAAUAUUUAUUGCAAUGAGACAUCCAACAAAAAAAAAA